AUGAUACGCCUGGAGCAGGCGGGUUGGGGGGUGAAACACGGCAUUCCCACAAUCACAGUAGCUGCCUGCAGCAUGGAUGAUGUGGUGUCCAUUACGGGCUUUGGAGUGGCCUUUUCAGUUGCAUUCUCAAAGGGCAACUUGGCUGAGUCCUUGGCCGCUCCUGGGUGCUGCCGUUGGUCUCUGCUUGGGUUUCCUUAUCUGGCUCCUUCCACCUCCGGGCAUAGUAAGUCCUUGCGGUGA